CUAACCAAAUUUGGCCGUUUCCAUGACAACAUGUUAUAAACACUAAGUUACAAGGACUAAAUAGUGAUCAAUGUGUCUAAUGCAGUCCACGAGGCCAGUGUUAUUGUGGCAACUGACAGCUUUGUAUACGAUACAUUCAACAGUUAAAAUAAUUUUAACUGUUAAAUUAUAUAUGUACUAAGCAGAUAUUUAUAAUAAACCAGGAAAAAAAAACAUAUUGAUCAAUGACUGAAAAUAAAAAGUACAACGAAGAUACAGUGGCAGUGUGGAAAAUCCCUUUAGCCGAUGGUGAUCAUGAAAUAGAAUUUGAACAUGGGACAGCUACUGGUAAAAGAAUCAUUAGAUUGGACGGAAAAGUAAGAUAAUUUUAUAAUAAUAAAAAAAAAAAAAAACAACAAUAUUUCAUUAUUGGUAUUUACGGCAACGACUAAACUGCACUAAUUAAAAUUAUAAACUAACAAUAUUCAUGUGACCUUGUGACAUGUCCCACAAUCGCAAUUUCAAAUACUUAAUAUACAAUACCUAUAGGUGUCCUAGGCAAGGCCGGAUUUAGGAUUUGUAGGUAAGGGCGCUCAUUGGGUGGGGGGAAGGAAGGGAAAUGUCCCAUCUGGAAAAUAAUAUAGUAUGUAAAAAUAAUUAUAUAUACUUUGAAUCCAUAUACUUGUUUUAUAUUAAUACCAUACUUGCAUAGACCUUAUACAAAGUAUAAUGUAUACCACGAUUUAAGUUAGUACUAGUAUCUAUAUGCUAUAAAUUGGUUUUAGAAUUAUUAAUUUAUUUGGUUUAAUUUUUUUUACCCUAAAAAUUACCCUAUGUUUGUAGGCCUCUAGGUUCAACCUGUGGUGUAGGUUCUUCCAGAGGGUAUUUAGGAAAUAGGAAGGGCAUAUACACAAAUAGAGGGGACUAGAGAGAUCUAAGUCGCUCUAAAAUAUAAAUUUUAUAUAUUUUCCAAAAUUUAAGGGGCUAGAUUUCCCAAUUUGUUUUAUGGUUAUCUUUUACUAUAAACAUUGUAAAAGAGUGUUCAGAAUGGACCUUCAGCUCUCCUCAUCAAUCACAAACAUUAUUAUGAUAUAGCUCUUAUAACUAAUAUAUACUCCUAAAAAAAGGACGGUUCAAGCCACCUCUAAAAUCUUUCAAGUAAUUAAACUCAAAUAAGUAAAAAAUAUAAUAAAAAUUUUAAUUUAACUUUUUUAGUAGGUUAAUACCCAAUAAAUGAAAUAAUUUGUACAUGCAAUAUAAAAUAAUUAUAUUGAUAUGUGAUAAAAUAUAAAAUAUAAAAACGGGGGAUAAACCACAAGUUUGUUACAAAUAUUUAUUUUUAUAUUCCCCAACCCCCAUGAAACAUACUGCAUAAUGCCGCUAAAUAGUAAUAUUCUAUUUAACACAAUAAUUGGUAUUUCUAAGCGGUCAUUUACAACUGUGUAAAAUAAUUGUCCAAUAUAAUGUGAAUCAGAGUCGUUGCUAUUGUUCUGGUGAUCAUAUUAUUAUCGUCUUCUGUAAAAAGUGCAUUAGCCCAAUAAGUAUAUAGAUAUACCUAUACUGUGUGCAUUUUGUAUGUAAUUAUUAAGUACUACUCAGUACUCACACAUACCCACAAAUAAUAUUUCGUUGAUAAAGUACAUACAAAUCGAGUUCCGAAUAAUACCGUUCAUUAAGGAAAACAAUUUGGAGUUAUGACUCCAACAUUUAAAAAAGUAUGGUAUAAAAUGGUUAAAAUACAAAUAAAAUAGAAUUUGAAUUAAUUUUAAAAAUAGUUAGUUAGUAAAAAAGUAAGACAGUGGGGACGGGUGCUGCCACUGAUGUAGGUGGGAAGUUAGGAAGGUAGGAUAUAGACGGGAAUUUAAUGUAUAUCUGUAAGCAACGAUAAACCAUUGCUUACGAAAAAACGAUUCUGAGCGGAGUUCAGUUGAUAGUGAUAAUUUGAAAACAAUAUAUAUGUCAUUUUAUAGUAAAAAAAAUAAUUUAAUAGGCUUUAUAAAUUUUUUUUAAUAAAAUUUGUUUAAUGUUGUACCGAUUUUCCCAAUUUUCCUAUCUUUUAUCCCAGUUUUUCAAUUUUGAUGAGAAAACUCUUGAGAAUAUCAAAAAAUGACCUCUUUAAAGUAACUUUUCGACGCUGAUUUCCUUUCAGAAAAGGUGCUACACGUAGAAAUUCGAGCAAGUCUUCUGGUAGAAAAGUUGCGCACAGAUAAAAAAAAAAAAAAAAAUUAAAAAAAAUAAACAUCCAAAUAAAACCAUAAGCUUUUUCACAUCACUCAGAAUCUAAAAUUAUCUGUAGGCAGACGGUAAAUAACGCAGGUAAUUAUUUAUAGUUAAAGUCCAGCGAUUGAUGUUGGCAAAUGACGAUAUUGUCAUAAAUGAUAAUAUAAUAAUUGUUUCUAUACGUGUUUAUGUGCGCGUCGUUUUUGAUGAAGAAACGGUUAGGACGGGGAACGAUUCAUUUGAGAACAGCCAAAAAAUCCAAAUGUUAUCGAGCGAUAAACUGAGUCUAUUGAUAAUUUUAUCCACUAUUGCCGAGAGCAUUACGAUUUACGAAAACAAACGUACUAACACGGCAUACCUAUGGGAAAUUUCCAUUAAUAUAUGUCUUUAGUAUUUGUGUUUAUGAAGGAAAACGCUAUUUUUCAUUACGCAAAAAAAACCAAUUUUAGAAAACUGAAAAAAAGUUCCAGCAUAAUAUUAUUUAAUUAUUGGGCAGAGGUUUUUUUAAUAAUUUGCACUGAUUUGACUGGGGAGGUAUUUUAGGAAGAUCAUUUUUUAAUUUUCUCAAGAGUUUGCAUAGUAAAUGGAAAAAAACGUAAGAAAAACAGAAAAAUCGGUACAAAAUUAAACAAAUACUAUUACAGAAAAUAUAUAUAUAUAUAUUGCCUAUUUAAUUAUUUUACAAUUAUAUUGUUAAUAAAGUAACAAUAUAAACUGAACUCCGCUCAGAAUCGUUUUUUUAAUUUCUCCUCUACUACCUUCCCAACUUCUAAAUUUCAGCAGUCGCUGCACCUACAUGCGAUCUAUGUCAAUUUUUUAUUGCCUUGAGAUUUAAAUGUACGUCGGGGAUAAGGUCCCUGUCAUAUUCGACAACAUAAGAAAAUUUUAAAAUCUUUUGCGAUCUUUUCGUUAUCCAAAGGAAUCUAAAUAUUCUUAAAUUAUUGUUUUAAUAAUAUAAACCAAAUAAAUUAUGACAAUUUUAAAUAACAAUAAUUUUAGUUUUAACUUGCCCAAUACCUAAAUAAUCAUACGCAUUUGAUGUUAUCAAUGUUUUCAUAAUCAAUUUAUGUAAUAAAUAUAAAAUAUUAAAGCUUAAAUAUGAUUUGGCGUAGUAUCAUUCGUGCCAUAAUUAUUAAGAUGACUUUAUUAUAGCCGCUGUGAUUUCAUAAAGACUGACUUAAAAACAAAAUUUAGUUACAGAAUCGUAUUUUAAGGCUAGUGACUUAAUCGGUGACUGAACUUAUCAGUUUCGGUCAUUUUUUGGGCUAAAGUCAAGAGUCUAUAAUUACAGAAUCGCCCUAGGUAUAUUAUAUAUAAAACAAUUUAUCUGAGUUGUGAAUAAUUUUUCUUUUAAUCCGAUGAGGCCAUGGAGGUUUAGUUUCUAGUAGAAAAUAUUUCUUAGUUGGUAUUUUGAUUUUAUUUUUUUAAUGAUUGAGAAAAAUUAUGAAACUUGUGCAAUUAUAGCUUGUGUUGUUUACAAUUUUGUUUUUCAAUUUCAAUUCAAAUUAAAAAUAACCAUACACAUUUUCAAAACAAUACCUAUAAUUAUUAACCCUUUAUAGAUCUAGUAUUACUAUCUGGAUAACCAGUUCAUAAAAUGAGUGAUUUCACUUUGUGGAUGCGACAUAUACAUAUAGAUAUAAUAAUAUGUUCCAUAAAUAUAUAACUUAUGUUUUUUUAAUUUUAUGUAUCAAUUUAAAUAUAAUAAUGCAUAGGUAUUAGAUACAUUAUAUUAUGCAUCGUAUUAAUAAUAAUAUAGUAAUAUCUAAUAUAUUUUAUACAGAUAGUGCGUCAAAAAGAUUGGAUGUUUCAAUUGGUGGGCGACGAAAUUUUUGAUAUAGACAAUGUACAAUGCACCAUCAAAGUGGAACCGGAUGGUUUAUUUAUGUACUCGUAUAGUUUAUUAGUGGAUGGCAAGAGUUUGGAAGAAUUUUCCGAGCAUGUUUCAAAGACUCGUUGUACCUGGUUAGUUACUACGGCGGACGGCGUUGAAAAUCGUAUUGUUCUUGGUAAUAUAAUACUUUGCUCACUAAUCAUAUUAAAAUAAUAUAAAUGUGUAUGACUUAUUGUCUAUGGCGAUACGUCGUUUAUAAUUUAAAAUUAAUUUGACUUUUUUUUUUUUAAGUAAUUUUUUUUUGAUAAAUAAUUUCUAAUAAUAACUGGAAAGAUCACGUCUUACCCAAAUAACAAAAUGCUGCAUUGCCUAUAGGAAACCUAAAAUUUUAGUUGUGCCUGGAUAAAUGUGUAUGACCUCAAUGACAACAAAGUUAUAAUAAUUGUAUGGAAAUAAUUAAAUUUUAUCAGAAUUAUAAAUGCGACACCUUUUCACCAUUGUCUACUUAAAGUUUAGAAUCUAACUUGAAUAGAAAAACUAAAUUUGUGUAUCGUUGGUAUAUAAUUAUACAUAAUUUUGCUUCGAGUAUGAAUAUUGAAAGUCUUUUAAUUUUCGUACUUUGUCUUUUAGAAACUUCUAUAUUUAAUCAAAUAUACAGCCAAUGGAUUUCAUUUCAAGUUAUUAUCGACUGCUUAGUCGUUUUUUAAUGUUCAGUGUAAUUAUAUUGCAAUUACAGUGCAGUGCGAACCGUCAUAUCGAUCGGACGUGUGUCGUUAUAUCGCCUUUAUCGUUUACCGAGUAUUAAUAUUAAUAUUAGUAUUAAUAUACAAUCAGUAUUCGGCUUUCGAAGAAAUUUUACAUUGCUGUUUGGAAAAAAUAUUUUUGUUCAAAUUAAUUUCCUAUUUUGAGUGGUAAUUCUUCCAAAAAAGUUACUCCUGUCAAAAAAGUUCUAAGCUAAAAUCAGAAUUUGAAAAAAAACCUAGCAUUUCCGAUAUAUGGAAUUUAUUAGUUUCAAUGCAACCAACUGUUUCAUCUCAUGAUACUCACUUUAAGAAUAUUAAUAAAAAUCUCCGGAGUUUAGAAAACGAUUUUUGUUCUAUGCGAACUUCAAUUGAUGGUCUAUACACCGAAUUAUUUCAGUUAAAAUCACAGAAAUUAGCUCUUGAAUCUGAGAUUAAUCUAUUUCGAAAUACAAUUGAUAGGUUACGUAACUCUCCUAUAAUGCGAUUUAAAUCUAUGACUCUGAUAUCUUUACUAAAGUUAAAGAUAUACUUUCUAGGGAAAAGAAUAUUCUUAUGUUUAAUGUACCUGAUUCUAAACAUGAAGAAUUGCCAGUUCCUUUAAGUAUCGGCGUUGAUUUAUUAAACGAUUUAUCCCUACCAAAUAUUAAAAUUAUUCACAGUAAACGUUUGGUUAACUUUGGUUCAAAGAAUCGUACUAUCUUACUGGAAAUAAACUCUCACUUAAUGGAGUACUAGGGUAUAGACUUUUGAUUAAUGAUAAUAGUAUAUUGAACUUUGAUUUUUGUUUUGAUUCGUUUGUUGAGUUAAGGAAUAUUAUAUUCCAAUAGUCUUAAAUAGUUUUAAAUAGUUAAGUAAUAAUAGUUAAUAUUAAGUAUUUAUGUAUUAUAUAUUUAUCUAGUAUUCUUCUGUACUCAUUAUCCCUUUGGGUGUUAAAUAAAUAAAAUAAAAUAAAUACAAAUAAAAAUAAUAAUUGAACAAAACCGGAGAAAACGUAAAAAGUUUACAGAAAUAAUAGUUUCAUUAUUUUCGAUUUUGUUUUUUGUUGUAAUUCAGUUAAAAAUAUUCGUGGAGAUUUGAAAUUUCGACAAAAAAUUCAUAUUUGCAUUUUCUAGACGUGAUAAAAUAUUUAAGCUAUUUAUAGGCAUGUUACCUAUGUUUGAUACAUUUUUACGUUAUUUUUAUUUGGUAAGUACUCUGUGGAUAAAAUUGUUAGACUAAACAGAAAUGAUAAAAUAAUAAAGUAAAACAAAAUUAUUUAAAUGGUUACUAUUCGUAAAUAAAUAUAUAAUUAAAAAAUAUAUAUAUAAAAAUAAAAAAAAUGAAUCAAUGCGUCACUUGGAGUAUUAUGAUAAGUGUAUUAUACGACCGGUUUCGAAUUAAAAACUCAUCAUCAGGUAUAUCACAGUCAAAGUGUAAAACGCGCUCAUAGCGAGUCGCGUUGUAAAACCGAAUUAUCCGGGUAAACUUGGAGAAGUGGAAAUUAUUGUAGAUUACAAUAGUAGCACACCCAUUAGCAGUGUCAGCUCUUCUAAUUUAUUUAUUCGACUUCUUUUAUAUUUUGUAGAUAAAGCUUCUAUGGAUAUUGUUGUUAACGGAUUUCCAGUUACAGAUGCAAUGGUAGUAAAGCUAAUAGUUUAUUAUAUUUUUAAUAUUAUGUUAAGCAUAACUAACAAUAAUCAUUUUUUUCAGUCUGAAUUCAUCGAAAAUGGAACAGAAACUCAUUUUGUGAUCGGAAACAUUUUAGUAACGAUACGGACUGAACAUACCUGUGAUAAAAAAAUCGGAGUAGUGCAUAAUUUAUUUGUAAACGGAAAUUUAGUAACAGAAUUAUAAUCUAAAUUAUAUAUUAUUUUAUAAAUUAUUUUUUAAAACAAACGAAAAUGUUAUUGUUUGGAGAUUAUAUAUAGUAGAAUAGUUUAGCACAA